CCGCCACAUCACUGUGACGGGAAUAUAUAUAAAGGUCCAGAGAAUGUGGAAUGCAUAAGGCAGCAGCAAGCCAGACAGCAAGGAAGGCAGCAGUCAGUCAGUCAGUCAGUCAGUCACAGCAGAGUCACCCAACUUAAGCAUGGUUCAUCAGGUCAGCGCACUGGUGGUAGCGGUGGUGAUGGUGGUGCUCGCAGCUCCAGCCUCCUCCUUCCCCCAGCAAGGUUACCAGAAUGUUCAGGUCAGCGCAGUGAUUGUGGCGUUGGUGAUGGUGGUGGUCGCAGCGCCAGUCUCCUCCAUCCCCCAGAAUAGUUACCAGAAUGUUCAGGUCAGCGCAGUGAUUGUGGCGUUGGUGAUGGUGGUGGUCGCAGCGCCAGUCUCCUCCAUCCCCCAGAAUAGUUACCAGAAUGUUCAGCCGAGCGCCCCCGCCCAGUACAGCUACAACUACGGCGUGAACGACGACUUCGGCAACAACUUCGGGCACGGCGAGAACCGCCAGGGGGAUAACACAGAUGGUGCCUUCUCAGUGGUCCUCCCCGACGGCCGAAGACAGAGUGUGGAGUACUCUGUCAGUGGAGACUCUGGCUUCUUAGCAAAUGUGCAGUAUGACGGACAGGCUCAGUUCCCUCAAGCCCGGCCCCAGUAUUCUCAGCAGGCCGUUGAACCAGUCAGCGCAGUGAUUGUGGCGUUGGUGAUGGUGGUGGUCGCAGCGCCAGUCUCCUCCUUCCCCCAGAAUAGUUACCAGAAUGUUCAGCCGAGCGCCCCCGCCCAGUACAGCUACAACUACGGCGUGAACGACGACUUCGGCAACAACUUCGGGCACGGCGAGAACCGCCAGGGGGAUAACACAGAUGGCGCCUUCUCAGUGGUCCUCCCCGACGGCCGAAGACAGAGUGUGGAGUACUCUGUCAGUGGAGACUCUGGCUUCUUAGCAAAUGUGCAGUAUGACGGACAGGCUCAGUUCCCUCAAGCCCGGCCCCAGUAUUCUCAGCAGGCCCUUGAACCAGUCAGCGCAGUGAUUGUGGCGUUGGUGAUGGUGGUGGUCGCAGCGCCAGUCUCCUCCAUCCCCCAGAAUAGUUACCAGAAUGUUCAGCCGAGCGCCCCCGCCCAGUACAGCUACAACUACGGCGUGAACGACGACUUCGGCAACAACUUCGGGCACGGCGAGAACCGCCAGGGGGAUAACACAGAUGGCGCCUUCUCAGUGGUCCUCCCCGACGGCCGAAGACAGAGUGUGGAGUACUCUGUCAGUGGAGACUCUGGCUUCUUAGCAAAUGUGCAGUAUGACGGACAGGCUCAGUUCCCUCAAGCCCGGCCCCAGUAUUCUCAGCAGGCCGUUGAACCAGUAAGACCCCAGUACGCUUAAAAGUCCCGCGAUUAUUCAUUCUGAAGGCCAGGUGGCACUCCACUGAGGUGACAGAUUGUAAAUCUGCCUCUUCUCUGCAUGAACUGUGGACGCCCUCGCUCUCGUCUCUGUGAAUGUACAAGUCUGUUGAUACUGUUGAUAUUCGCCAUGUUCUUUUGAUGUUCUGGUUUUGUGAAGUCUCCCCAUUAAAGAAAACAUGUACAGAA